ACAUAAGCACGGUUAAUUGUCUGUCGGAUCCUUCUCAUCUCCGCAACAAACACAUUCAUUUCCCUUACAUACAAUGUCUAAUUCCUACAGCCUCGCAAACUGCUCCAAACAGCGAGUAUCAUACUUUUAUGACCACGAUGUUGGAAACUUCAAUUAUGGUCCAGGACAUUAUAUGAAGCCCAAGCGCAUGCACAUGGUUCAUAAUAUGGUUGUCAACUAUGGGCUUUAUAAGAAGCUUGACAUUGUCAAACCGGAUAGAACUACUGCUUUCCAAAUGACGCGCUUCCAUUCGGAUGAAUAUAUCAAUUUCUUACAAAAUGUGACCCCAGACAACCUUGAGCUGUUAGCUAUGCAACAUGGAAGUCUUGAACAGGGCAUUGCUAGAUUCAAUGUGGGUGAAGAUUGUCCUGUGUUUGAAGGUCUUUUCGAAUUUUGCUCGAUUUCUGCAGGUGGAACAAUUGGUGCUGCAAAUAAGCUUCUCAACGGCGAGGCAGAUAUUGCCGUCAACUGGUCCGGAGGUCUACAUCAUGCUAAAAAAACAGAGGCAUCAGGAUUCUGCUAUGUGAAUGAUAUUGUAUUGGGUAUUCUGGAGCUUUUGAGAUAUCACCAGCGAGUAUUAUAUGUUGAUAUUGAUGUCCAUCAUGGUGACGGUGUGGAAGAAGCAUUCUAUACAACAGAUCGCGUUAUGACAUGCUCUUUUCACAAGUUCGGAGAGUUCUUCCCAGGAACAGGCGAUAUUAAAGAUACUGGACUUGGUAAAGGAAAGAAAUACGCCGUAAAUGUACCCUUGAGAGAUGGUAUUGAUGAUGAUACGUAUAAAAAUGUUUUCCAACCUAUUAUCCAACAUAUCAUGAAUUGGUACAGACCAGGCGCAAUUGUACUGCAAUGUGGCGGCGAUUCUUUAGCUGGUGACAGACUCGGCUGUUUUAACCUAUCAAUGAGAGGCCAUGCGGCAUGUGUAGAAUUCAUAAAGUCUUUUAACGUGCCAAUGAUUAUGGUUGGUGGUGGUGGAUAUACAAUUAGAAAUGUUGCAAGAACAUGGACAUUCGAAACAGGACUUGCCGUAGGCGAAGACUUAACACAGGAGGAGCUGCCAUAUAACAAUUAUUUCGAGUACUAUGGCCCUGAAUAUAAGCUUGAGGUCCCUUCGAAUAAUAUGGCUAAUCACAAUACGCGUGAUUAUCUAGAUCGUAUUAUAGCAAAAAUUAUAGACAAUCUUCGAGAGAUGCCAUUUGCACCUUCUGUAGGAAUGCAGGAGGUACCGCGAGACUUUAAUGCAGAUGACUUUAAUGAUGGAGAAGAUAGUGAAAUGGAAGAUGCCGAUGCUCGACAGACUCGUUUGAUUACAAAUACUCAUUUCUACUUGCUCAGAACGCCAUAA